CUCGGGUCUGUGCGGUGUUGGGAAGACAGCUAGCUCGUCUCUCGCCCUCUUCGUGAACUGCCACGAGGCUGUUUCGUCCGCGCGCCAUGGAUGCCACGGAGUUCCGCAAAUUUGGCAAGGCUGCUGUCGACUAUCUCGCUGAUUAUUUGGAAAAUCUUCGAGACAGGCCGGUGCUACCGUCCGUGGAGCCAGGAUAUCUGCAGGAUCUGAUCCCGAGGGAGGUCCCACAGGAACCGGAUAAGUGGCAGGACAUUCUUGUUGACAUGGAACGUGUCAUCAUGCCAGGAGUGACACACUGGCACUCGCCGCAGUUCCACGCGUUCUAUCCCACAGCAAACUCCUACCCAGGAAUUGUAGGAGAAAUGCUGAGUGCCGGGAUUGGGUGUUUGGGAUUUAGCUGGAUAACUAGCCCUGCUUGCACGGAGCUUGAAGUUGCCAUGAUGGACUGGCUGGGGAAACUGAUUCAACUCCCUCAGGAGUUCCUGAACUCUUCCGACGGCCCAGGGGGGGGAGUCAUCCAGGGUUCAGCGAGCGAAGCGACUUUAGUGGGCCUGCUGGCAGCCAAGGAGCGAACGGUUAGAAGAAUCAAAACCCUGCACCCCGAAUGGGACGAAGGAACCAUCAAGGGGAAACUUAUCGCCUACUCCUCAGAUCAGUCCAAUUCAUCGGUAGAGAAGGCAGGACUCUUGGGUUCUAUACCCAUGCGCCUCUUGCCAACGGACGACAAAUGCCGUUUGAGAGGAGCGACUCUGGAAGAAGGCAUAAGGAGCGACGUGAAAAAGGGCCUCAUCCCCUGUUACGUGGUGGCGACUCUAGGCACUACGGGGACGUGUGCCUUCGACUGCCUGGAGGAGCUGGGACCGAUUUGCAACAGGGAAGAGUUGUGGCUCCACGUUGAUGCCGCUUAUGCAGGAUCUGCGUUCAUAUGUCCUGAGUUCAGACAUCUCAUGGCUGGGGUCCAUUACGCGGAUUCUUACAAUUUCAACCCACAUAAAUGGAUGCUUGUAAAUUUCGACUGUUCUGCAAUGUGGGUGAAGGAUAGCCAGUACCUGGUGGAGGCCUUUAGCGUCGACCGAAUCUACCUCAAGCACCAGCAUCAAGGCAGAGCGCCGGACUACAGGCACUGGCAGAUCCCACUUGGUCGGCGGUUCCGGUCUCUUAAGCUGUGGAUGGUUUUGCGGCUGUACGGGAUCCAGGGGCUCCAGCAGCACAUCCGACGGCAAGUGAGCCUGGCACAAGAGUUCGAGACCCUCCUGCGAGGAGACAGCCGCUUUGAGAUUGUUACAGAGAUAAGCAUGGGUCUCGUGUGCUUUCGCCUCAAGGGUCCAGACUCACUCACGAAAACACUCCACGAUCGUCUAAUGGCACGUAAGAAGAUCUACAUCAUCGCUGCUACGUUCCGAGAUAAGCAUAUUCUUCGGUUCGUUGUGUGCAGCCGCAUGUCAGAACCACGGGACAUCGCGUUCGCGUGGGAGGAGAUCCGUGGACAGGCCGACCAAGUCCUACUCGGUAACAACACCGGCAGUGACACGCCCUUGUCAAUCCACAAGACAUACAGCCGCAGUAAGACUAGGAAGGAAUGUCCUAGCAACGAACUCAAAGUCAACGGAAUCACAAGUGGACAGGCAUAAUUCAAUGAAUAUAUCACUAUAAAUUGACUCGCAACACCGUCCAGUAUGAUUGAUUAAUGAAGAUUUUAUUUCAAUUUUUCAUUGUACUUAACAUGUCUCGGUCGGAUUGACCAACUUCAGAGGGACGCAAUCAACAUUUAGGAAACCACUAUUACAAUAUCAUUAAUACAUAUAAAAAAUAUAAUAAAGUUAAGGAACUAAGAAGAGCAAAACCUUAAUAAGGAGAGUGAUAAUCAGGAAGGGACUGCCUCUGUGGUCUAGGGGUCAGAGUUCGUGGCUAC